AUGGCACGAAUAAUCAAAAAUUGCAUAACAAACCUAAUAGGAAUAUUGUUGGCGUUUGCACUGUGUGCAUUACUUCCUACAAACACUCAAGCCACUUCUUCACUCUCCGAGAAAUAUCGUGAAUGUGAAAGUAAAUUUUGGUACAAAAGUACUUUGGAUUUUAAAAAAUCACAAAAAUCAAAAUAUGAACCUUACGAUAAAGAGGAGAUGUUAAUGAAAUGGCAAAAAUAUUCUAAUUGUCGUUGUAAAUCCGCUUUAAAUGAGCUUAAAGGAAAAGAAAGUUAUUAUGUUUGUUAUCAAAUCGCUCAAUUUAAUAAAGCUUCGGGUGAAUUUAUUGGUGAAUUAUCCGUGUACAAAACGGGUGAUGAAAAAGUUGAUGUGGGCCUUAAAUUUUCUGAUCCUAAAAUAGUUGAUGGUCAAUGGACUAAAGAUGAUGAAGGUUACUUUCAUUCCAAGACAAGUCCUAAAUCGGUUGGAAAAGAUGGUAAAUUUUCCAUUGAAAAAUAUUAUAUUUCUGGUAAAAUUCCAAAGAAUAAAUCCUUGAAUAAGAUUACUUCAGAUGAAAUUUCUCCGUCUAAAUUAAAUGUUGGGAACGAUCAACAAAAGAGAGUUUUUCUAAAAAAAGAUCAAGAAGCUAUCAUUCCUUUUUCUAAAUUCGUUGAUAAUGGGUUGAAUUUUCAAACUGGUGAGAAUCCGGAUGACGCAACUGACAACGGAAAGAAUCCCAAGGAUCCGGAUGGCGCAGUUGACAGCGGAAAGAAUCCCAAGAAUCCGGAUGGCGCAACUGACAACGGAAAGAAUCCCAAGAAUCCGGAAGACGAAGCUAACAACGGAAAGAAUCCCAAGAAUCCAGAUGACGCAACUGACAACGGAAAGAAUCCCAAAAAUCCGGAUGGCACAGUUGACGGAAAGAAUCCAACAAAUGGUAAUGAUGGAAAGGAACCGGUCGAUGCAAGUCCAAUUUCAACUCCAAAAUCACCUGUACAAAUAUCAACUCCUAAUAAUAUUGAUGCUGAAAAAGGAACAAAUGAUACUACUAAUGCAGAAACUAAUACUAUUCCAACAUCUUCCGCUCCUGAAUCUCCAAAAGCAAAGCAAGAAGAAGCAAAUGAGUUGUCAGGAAUGAAAAUGACAACAUCUAUCGGUCUAAUUAUAUUCGGAAGUGUUGCUGGAGCUGGUAUUAUUGUCGUUUUAUAUAGUACCUAUGGAAGGCGUAAAUGGCGCGAGCAUUAUCGUCGUAGACAAGCUGCCUUUGCUGAUUCAUCUAACUAUAGUGGUGGACGAGCUCUCUAA